AUGAGUCAAAACGAGUUUGAUAUACAAUUAGAACAGGAAAUUAGUCGUGCCAAGAAGGCUAUUGAGACAAAGAAACAGAGGAGGGGACAAGAUAACAAGAUCUCAUAUGCUGAUCAGCAACAGUUGAGGGACCGCACUGGGUUCAAACUGAAACUGGUUGGUACAGACGCUACUAAAAACAAGCAAGUGGAUCCAGAGUACGACGUUAUUAUUGAUGGGCCAUUACGUAAGAUCAGUCCAUACUUUUUUACAUACAAGACCUUUUGCAAAGAACGUUGGAGAGACAUGAAACUAGUAGAUAUCUUCACCAGCGAGUUCCGUGAUCGUGAACCUGUCUACUAUAGAAAAACUAUUGCUAAAGGAGAAGUCCUAGUAAACGGUCAAGUGGCAGAUUUAGAUACCAUCGUGAGGAAUGGUGACUUGAUUACACAUAAGAUGCAUCGCCAUGAACCUCCCGUGACAUCAAAACCGAUAGGGAUUGUGUUUGAGAACGAUGAUCUUAUGGUCAUUGAUAAACCAAGCAGUAUUCCAGUUCAUCCAACUGGAAGGUUUAGAUUUAAUACUAUCACAAAGAUCAUUGAGAAAGAAAAAGGGAUUGUAGUACAUCCAUGUAACAGGUUGGAUAAACCAACAAGUGGUCUAAUGUUUCUGGCAAAGACUCCUCAUGGAGCAGAUGAGCUGGGAGAUCAAUUGAAAUCCAGAGAGGUCAGUAAAGAGUAUGUCGCCAGAGUCAUUGGAGAAUUCCCUGUGGAUGAAGUUGUCGUAGAGAAACCUGUGAGAUCAAUCGAUCCGAGGGUUGCACUAAAUGCAGCCUGUAAUAUGAAUGACAAGGAUGCCAAACCUGCAAAGACUGUGUUUCACAGAAUUAGUUACGAUGGUAAGACAAGUAUUAUUAAGUGUAAACCAUUAACAGGGAGGACACAUCAGAUUCGUGUUCAUUUGCAAUAUUUGGGAUACCCAAUUGCCAAUGAUCCAUUAUAUUCAAAUGUCAAUAUCUGGGGCCCAGAACUAGGUAAAGGUGGUGUCACAGAAUUUGACGAGAUUGCUAGGAAGUUAGAUUUGAUUGGGAAGACUGACAUGGCAGAAAGUUGGUUUUAUCCAAAUGAUAAUGGUGAGAAGUUGUUGAACAAACAAUGUGACGUAUGCGAAGCAGAGCUUUAUACAGAACCAGGUCCAAAUGACUUGAACCUUUGGUUACAUGCAUAUCGUUACGAAUCAACUGCUAGGGAUCCUACUACAGGUAAAGUUAAAUGGAGCUAUAGAACUAAAUUCCCAGAUUGGGCUCUUGAACCUCAUCGCAAUUAUAUGGAAUUAGCGAUCAAGGAGGCAGACAAAUGUGGGCCAACUACAACAGCGUUCAGUGUUGGUGCUGUUAUUGUCAAUGGUACAGAUGUACUAUCUACGGGUUAUUCUCGCGAAUUACCAGGUAAUACCCAUGCCGAGCAAUGUGCUUUAGAAAAGUAUUUCGACAGAACAGGUCAACGGACCGUUCCUCCAGGAAGUAUCAUUUACACAACAAUGGAGCCGUGUUCCUUAAGACUGAGUGGCAAUGAUCCUUGUGUCCAACGGAUCUUGGCUCUCGAUGGUAAUAUUUCUACAGUAUUUGUUGGUGUUAUGGAGCCUGAUACGUUUGUCAAGAACAACACAAGUUUAACUCUUUUGGAGUCUCAUGACAUUAACUACAUUCAAAUCCCAGGAUAUGAAGCCCAAUGUACUGUCAUCGCAUUUAAGGGUCAUGAAGAAGACAUGGAUCUUACAAAUGAUUCACAAUAG